GAUUCGCACGGUAUUGUAUACUGUUUUCUCGAUCUAUUGUGAGAGGGGAGUCUGUCACUUAUGUUUAUUACCUCCGUGUUUCACGUACACAACAUGAAUACCUUCUUUCAGAAGUCCGCCUGCAUCGCUUUUGGAAACAAAUUCUUUAAAAAAGCCGCGGAAGCCGCAGUUUAACUUGCAUAACGCAGUAUGAACUACGUAGCAGCUGAACGAGAACAAUAAAAUAUAGCGGGUGUUGCAAAUUGAACUCUCACCAUUGGGAUCACAAAGUUGAGAUGUCCGCUACGGUAAAGAAAUAACCAGGUAGCAUAAAGACGAAUCUCCAAUGAAAAUCUAUUGGAUCUGGCAACACUGGCUGCACAUAACAAAACAGUGCGCGGCUCAAAGAUCAGGUGACUAGUCAUGCUUUCGUUGAUUGGCCAACUGCACAUCAAUCUGUCACUGCGAAAAUUGCUAACACGUAACACGUGACAUAAACAUUAUUGACUUGAUGACACAUGUGAAAUUGUGAAAGCAAAAUUCACAGUUUCCAGAAAAAAAUUUAUUUGAAUAGACGGUCUCUUUUAUUGAUUAGUACGCAACAAUAUAUUUUUUAUGUCUACUGCCUAGUGGAGUGGAAAAAAUAACAAUUAUAGGAUAUUUCGUGAUGUCAUGGAAGCAAGGGCUAGACUGCUAUACAGACAGUAUUAAAGUGAAAAUCUCAGAAAAAUACAAACCUCCAUUGCGUAUCAAUUUGCCAAUGACCUAUGCUCAAAGACUCGUCUUGAAUAAACAGACUCAAGAUAGUAAUUUGUACUAUGAGUUUGGAUUAGAAAACAGCGUUUUAGAUCAAAUAAAGGCAUGGAGAGGUUCCAGACACCAAAUGCUGCAAGAAAGGAAAAUAAAAUUAGAGAAAGCUAGAGAUGAAAUCAAAGAAUGCCUUCAGCAGAUAGAACAAAAGACUGGCAAUAGUACAAUUAAUACCAAGAACAUUGAAUCAUCUAGUGAUAAUGCUGUCUAUCAAUCAAUGAACCAUCACUCUAACAUUCUCACUCCUAUACCUCUAAGUUGCACCAAGAAUCAGGUAACAAUGGAGGUGAAAGACAAAAAUAUCAAUAUAUCAGACUUUGAAAAUGACACUUACAGCCCCUUUGACAAUAUGGAACUUAAAUCUAUCAAUGACAUAGAAGAGCUGGCACAGAUCUGGGGUCAAUCGUGGAAACUUUUCUAAUAAAAAAUUAUCAGGUACUGGGAAAACCAGUAGCUGCUAAGUUUUUCAGCGGAAUGUGAUGACUACGUUCCGAUACUGUUUAAGCAACAAGGAGCUUAAAUUCUUUUUCCUGGAAUAUUGAGCGGAUUUGGUAUAGUAGCAUUGGCGUGCUCAACUGAUUGUUAUUCCAAUAUAUCGUAAUUAUGUACUUUUAAUAAAUAAUCAUCGUUAGAAACAGUGA